GUAAAGAUACAACAAGGAGGUUGGGCUGUUAUAUCUAUGGACGGCGUGACCAUAAAAAUCUACUACACUAAUGGCACGAAAUGUCAUAAAGAGAGUAAUUCAUACACGCCUCAACUCAAGCUCUUUAUACUUUCAAUGAUAUUUUUUUACUUUUCAUCUUCAUCUUUAAUUAAUUGUUUUUUUGCUAUUCUUUUGUCUAUUUUCCUUUUUAUUUAUUUUUACGAGGAACAACAAUGGUUGCUCAAGCCAGUACACUCUUUGUAAAACAGGGGACAACUCUUGAUAGGUCUAUUGGUAGUUUCAAGAUUAUGCAGAGGUGGACAAAGAACCCUAGAGGUAUAACCCUCCUUCAAAGAAUGGGAAUCGGUGUGUUUUUCCUAAUCAUAGUCAUGAUGGUUGCAUCUUUCACCGAGCAGUACAGAUUGAAAGUGGCCAGGGAACAUGGUUUGGUUGAAAAUGGAGGCCAAGUUCCAUUGAAAAGCAUGAAGAAUCUUGGGACAUCCUAUUCCUCUACCAGUCUGGGAAUUGGGAAUUUUCUCAGUAGCUUUCUUCUUUCAACAGUUUCUGACAUCACAAGCAGGAAUGGUCGCCGACGAUGGAUUCUAAACGACCUGAGUGCUUCUCAUCCGGACUAUUUAUAUGGAUUUUUUGCAAUUCUAAACUUGUUGAACUUGAUGUUCUUCUUGGUUGUGGCCAUGUCUUUUAUGUACAGGGCUGAAGUCUCGGAUUCAAUGCAAGUACAACCUCAAGAAUUAGAGGCAUCAAAUCCACAAGAACCUAGCUAGGUCUCAGACUAGAAAUGGUGCCUCUGAAUGUCAAAGCUGAAACUCAACUUUCUAACGAAUAAAAGAUAUCCAAACAU